ACAAGCGAAUAUAGAACUAGGGUUUUUCGAAGCUAAAGCCUCAAAGGAGAAGCUGCUCGACUCACUUUUUUUCUGGGGCCAACUGUUUCUUGCUAUAGAACUCGUUGAAUAUGGCAGAGGCAGAUGAGUACCGUUGCUUUAUUGGGAAUUUAUCAUGGACGACAUCCGACAGGGGCUUAAAGCAGGCAUUUGAGAAGUUUGGCCAUCUUGUGGAGGCAAAGGUUGUGCUCGACAAGUUUUCAGGCCGCUCGCGUGGUUUCGGCUUCGUUUCAUUCGAAGAAGAGAAAGCUAUGGAAGAAGCCAUCGAAGCAAUGAACGGAAUGGAUUUGGACGGAAGGUCGAUUACUGUUGAUAAAGCCCAGCCCAACCAGGGCGGCGGCGGUGGUGGUAGAGACCGUGAUGGUGGUGACAGAGACCGCGAUAGUGGCCGUGACCGCGAUAGGGGUCGUGACCGCGACAGAGGCGGCGGUGGUGGGCGUGGCUCCGGUGGUGACUGUUUCAAAUGUGGAAAGCCGGGGCAUUUUGCUAGGGAGUGCCCCUCCGGCGAAGGGGCCAGAGGUGGAGGCGGAGGUAGUAGGUACGGUGGAAGGGAUGACAAAUACGGUGGUGGUGGUGGGAGCCGCCAUGGCCCUGAUCGUAAUGGAGAUAGAGAUAGAGAUAGAGAUAGGUAUGGCGGCGGCAGUGGUGGUGGUGGUGGACGGAGCAGAGACUCUGGUGGUGGUCGUAGUGAUAAGUAUAGCCGUGAUCGAUCUGGACCAUACGAGCGUCGGUAGCUUAUGUUCAUGAUAGGUGCUGCAUUAAUGAUAUUUUACGAGUGUGGGAGGACUACUACAAGAUCUCGGUGCUUUCGUAUUUUGACAUCUUUCCUCCUAAACUAAGUUUAUUCGACUCUCCUAAACUAAGUUUGUUCAAUUAUGUACUUGGAUCUCUUACAAUUUCGAACUUUGUUAUCCUUGUUUUGAUUACUGGUUAUUAGUUCUUGUCUGUUUAAUGUUC